UCAACACACAUUAUGAGAAAUCAAAAAAAUGAAUGAAAAACAAAGGAAGAAACAUAUUAGGGAACCACCUUCAAUUCCUUUCAUUUGGGAAACAAAACCAGGCAUUCCUAUAAAAGAUUGGAAACCAGUGGACACAUCAUUUUGUCAAUUACCAAAAACUCCUCUCAAACAAAUUGCAUCGGUUCCCUUUGUUUGGGAGGAAAAGCCUGGAAUACCCCUCCCUACAGCCAUUUCAUCCUCUCCAGCAUCAUCAGAGAGUGAUAGUAGUAUAAGUAGUUAUGAAACUGGAAGAUCAAGUUUAACUGGUUCUGCUUUUUUGGAAUGUUUAUUUCCUUUGUUUCCACCAAAGUCUGGUUUUCUUGAAAGGGAUAUUGGUUAUACUGAAAAGGUAGGUUCAAGUUUAGUAGAACUAAAUGACAAUGAUUUUGAGCUUGGAGAUUAUUAUACUUUUGACUUGUCAAACAAGCAACCAACACUUGGAGAGCUUAUUAUGAUGAGCAGAAGAAGAAGCUGUAGAAGAAAAGCAACUCAAAUGAACAAAUGGGAUCCACCAAAGAAAACCGCAAGAAAGAAAGUUUUUGGAUGUUUCUCAACUUUAACAAGCAGCAGUAUGAUUGAAGGAAUGCUGAAGAGAAAGUACUAUCCGAGGCUGAAACUACUCUAGGCAGCAAAUUCACAAGAUCUGCUGUAGAUUAACCAUCAAAUGAAUUCCUUUGUCGAGAUUGCGCAACGAAGAUUGUAUAAUAAUUUGCUUUUGUCUUGUAAUAUAGUAUCAUAUUUUCUUUAA